UAUGCUCAUUUUUCGUGAAUUAUAUCGUACUAAUCGUUUAUUCGGUAAACAAACUGUUCCGUUUGCGAUCUGAUUCCCGAAAGCAGAAUACAACAUGAAUGAAUCUACAUUUGCGAUUGAUGAAUUAUCAUUUCCGGAGUAUGCAGAAGGCCGUCUGGCAACCAAUCAAGAGUCUGGGAAUCGGCUCGGAAACAUGGCAAAUAUUUCAGACUGCGCCGAAAUAUUCCACAGCAGGGUGGGAGCCCUUGGGACGCCGUCGGUUUCUUAUAAAAAGAGCCGCGCAGCAUCGCGACAUCGUAUUCGUGUCGGCAGUGCCGAGUGAACUUGGUAUCGGAAUACCGGAAGUGAAAAUAGGGUGUUGGUUCAAGAUAGUUUCUACUACUUGGGUGAAACACGCAUCUUCUUUAUUUUACUUCGAGUAUUAUUUUCUUGUGACUUUGAAUUUAAUCACGAUACUAUAAUGUCUUCGAUGAUGUAUGAAUCUUUGGGGGCCAAGGUUGCUAUGUUCAAUCAAUAUGCUGACAAACAUAGAGACAAGCAGAGCAAAAAUCCGUUCAGUUCUGGUUUAGACAUCGAAAAGCCGAAAUUCUCAAAAGAAGAAUAUGGCAGACCAGAAGCAGGUUCUUUAUCCGAUUUACGCGGUCGCAAAGCGAAUGCUCAUGUUUUGAAAGAAAUUCUGGAGCUUUGCGAAAUUAUUAGCCACGAAGGCACACCCUGUCGGGAUCAAUCUGAUGUAAUUGCCAUUACAUUCGGCGAUAUCUUUAACAUUUACACAAAUAUUAGCAACAAAUGUGUAGGAUUGCUGCUGAGAGCGAGGAAACAGAAGUUUUUAGAAUUCGAAGGCGAAUGUCUUUUUCAAAGAAGAGACGAUGACGUACCAAUAUUUCUAAUCAAAUCCAUCGAAGAUAUUCGUAAAGAAUAUAAUCAACGACUUGAAGAAAUCCGAAACAUUGAACUGGAUAGUUAAAUUAUCACUGUUUCUAUUAAUGUUAUCAAAUGACAUUCGUGAUUUUUGUAAUCCAAUUUGACUUGUAUUUAUUCAUUUAUAUUUCACAGAAAGUAACAGGGAUGACCAGUAUAAUAUUUAAUAAUUUGUAUUCAAUUCGUCGGUUCUGUAUAUUGAGAAUGAAUGAAUGCGGAUCGGUGUAAAUAUUUUCGCGAGUGGCGCAUGUGAGAUAUUUUAAUGUGACAUAAUGUAGAACGAUUAGCGAUAUAAUUUUUAUAGAAAUAUUUUACUGAAACUGUUAAUUAUAUAAAUAUCUGGCGCAAAAAAUAAAUAAUUGAUAUCUCAUAUAUUCCAUGUCUUUCAAAGAUAUUGCAUUAAGA